UAGGGCAGCGCAGGGGCUGAGACCACAGAAUCCGGGUUGUAUUCUUGCUUCAACAGUGUUUGAACGGAAUAGAGCCUAAACCUCGCCAAACCUUCCUUUCUUUGGAAAAAAAAACUCUUGUUUUUUUCAUUUAAGUAACCUUUUGUGUCGGAACAAGUUGCAGAAUGACUUCCCAGGUGCGCCAGAACUACCAUCAGGAAUGUGAAGCCAGUAUCAACCGGCAGAUCAACAUGGAGCUCUAUGCAUCCUAUGUCUACCUGUCCAUGUCUGCCUACUUCGACCGGGAUGAUGUGGCGCUGAAGAACUUCGCCAAGUUUUUCAAGGAGCAGUCCCACGAGGAGCGGGAUCAUGCGGAGAAGCUGAUCAAAUUCCAGAACCAGCGUGGUGGACGUGUUAUUCUCCAGGACGUAGCGAAGCCUGACCGUGACGAGUGGAACAACGGGCUGGAGGCUUUGCAGUGCGCCCUUCACCUGGAAAAGACCAUCAACCAGUCUCUUCUGGAGCUCCACAAGAUGUCUUGUGACAAGGUCGACCCUCAUAUGUCCGACUUCCUGGAGACUCAUUAUUUGACCGAGCAGGUCGAAGCCAUCAAGAAAUUUGGAGACAUGAUCACCAACCUGACCCGCAUGGGGGCGCCUCAGAACGGCAUGGCCGAGUAUCUGUUUGACAAACAUACACUGGGAGAAAGCAGCUAAAGCACCAAGACCUCAGGACAACAGUGUGCCCACCUUACUUUUCAACUCCAGUGCUCUUCAAUGCCUUUCUUGAUAGGGUUUCCCUUUAAAACAAAUCGUGACUCUAUUUCGGGACUGUCAUUUUAAACGUGGUGUUAUCUUGUUUGUGAUUGAAGUGACAAGGUGAAUCUAAUGUGAAACUUUUCAAAAACUCUGUACCUGGUUUAUUUUUAAAAAGGGAAAAAAAAAAACCAAGUUGCUGUAAACUGGCACACUGUUGAGGAUUUGUGGCUAAAUAAAAAACAAUUGGUAAAGGUU